UCGGAGACCAUGUCUGCAGAAUUCUUUUCAUCUACAAGAGAGGAGGGAAGCCCUGGCUCAGGACCUAGUUUUAGGUCCAAUCAGAGGAAGAUAUUAAACCUGCUCCUGGAGAGAGAUACUUCCUUUUCCAUCAGUUCAGAUCUCCCUAGAACCCCAGUGGAGAAGAAACUUUUUGGUGAUUCUGCAAACCUAAGCAUUUUGUCUGGAGAAACCCCAAAACGUUGCCUUAAUCUUUCGAAUCUUAGCAGCGGGGAGAUGUCUGCCACUCAGUUUACCACUUCUUCAGACCUUGAUGAAACUGGUCACUUGGAUUCUACAGGACCUGAGGAAAUACAGUUAGCUGGGAUGAAUUAUCACCAACACCUUGUAAAAUGCAGCCCAGCACAGCUGCUUUGUAGCACUCCGAAUGCUUUGGACCAUGGCCACAGGAAGAAAGAUGCAAUAUGUAGCUCAUCCGCAAAUAAAGAGAAUGACAAUGGAAACUUGGUGGAAAGUGAAAUGAAACAUCUGGACAGUCCUAUUACUACAGUUUCAAAAUUAGAUAAAAAUCCAGAGCUAGGAGAAAACCAGACAGAGGAGAUUUCAGAUGAAUUGAUGGAGUUUUCUCUGGAAGAUCAAGAAGAGGCCAAGGCAUCUGUGAACAGGAGCUGCCUGUAUCGCUCCUCUUCGUUGCCAGACAGUUUGAACAGUCCAGGACUGAAGCAGAUGGUAAAAUUCAAGGACAACACAAUACCAGAUAAAGUAAAAAAGAAAUAUUGUUCUAGCCACAAAGAGCUCAGGAAGGGUUUAGGUAUAAAGAAAAUGGUCUCCCUCUGUGACAUUAAUAUGACUCAGAUGCUGGAGGAAGAUUCUAACCAGGGGCCUCUGAUUGGUGAUUUCUCCAAGGUAUGUGCACUGCCGACCGUGUCAGGGAGACACCAAGAUCUGAAGUACGUCAACCCAGAAACAGUGGCUGCCUUGCUUUUGGGGAAGUUCCAGGGUCUGAUAGAGAUAUUUUAUAUCAUCGAUUGCCGCUAUCCAUAUGAGUACCUGGGAGGACACAUCCAGGGAGCUUUAAACUUGUACAGUCAAGAAGAACUGUAUAACUUCUUUCUGAAGAAACCCAUUGUCCCUUUGGAUACUCAGAAAAGAAUAAUCAUUGUGUUCCACUGUGAAUUCUCCUCAGAGAGGGGUCCCCGCAUGUACCGCUCUCUGAGACAAGAGGACAGGGCUGUGAACCAGUAUCCUGCACUGUACUACCCAGAGCUGUAUAUCCUCAAAGGGGGCUACAGAGACUUCUUUCCAGAAUAUAUGGAGCUGUGCGAACCACAGAGCUACUGCCCUAUGCAUCACCAGGACCAUAAGACUGAGCUGCUGAGGUGUCGAAACCAGAGCAAAGCAUGGGAAGGGGAGCGGCAGCUGCGGGGACAGAUUGCCCUGCUGGUGAAGGAUGUGAGCCCAUGAUAUCAGAUCACCCACUGGCUGCUUAGGACUCACCAAAAGACACUGUAGAAACCCUAAGCAGAAAGAGGCCAUCUUCUAUGCAGCUAAACCCAAGAUGUUAAAAGAUGUCAGCAAACCAACAGGCUGCCAAACUACUGAAAUCCCAGGCCUGGGGACUGGUUAGGUGUCAGUAGAGCUCCUGGCUGGUGGGAAGUCCUGGAGCUGGCUCUAUAAGGCUGGAGCCUUGGGUUGCAUAGAGAUUUGUGUUGCUUCAGGGAGCUGUUGGAUUCCUCUUCCUAACUGCUUGAGUCUCCUCAGAGGUCAGCCACAUCUUUUUCCCCGUGGGCUUCUGGCUAUGCGAGAGAGA